GCGCAGCCUGUCGUCAACGUCUAUUCCUAUUAAAACAGUAUCUCUAAUAAUAUCAUUUAUUCUUACUGUCAAGUAUUUUUAAUAUAUACAUCGACAUGUCCAAUGCCAACGGCGACACCCCACUAUCCGAUCUAUGCACAAUCUGCCACAUCAACCCCCCAAAUACCGCUGCCCCCGCUGCUCAACCCGAACCUGCUCCCUCCCCUGCUCCCGCCGCCACAAGCUCUGGUCCCAGUGUUCCGGCGUCCGCGACCCAGCCGCCUACCUGAAGCGCAGCGAGCUCGCCACGGAAUCCGCCUUCGACCGGGACUUCAACUUCAUCACGAAGAUCGAGCGGAGUCUUGAGCGCGCGGAGCGAGAGGCGGAGGGUAGAGGGAUUCCGUUGAGUGGGACUACGGCUGCUGAUCCGGCGGUGCUGGGUCUGGAGCAUAAGCUUGGGCAAGAUGGGUUGGACGCCGAGGCAGGGAGGAAGAGGAAGCGGCCUGAGCAGGGCGGUUUUGUGAAAGGUGAAGCUGGGUUUCUGCGCGGGGCGCAGACUGCCGGGGUGAGAGUUAUCAGGGCGCCGAGGGGGAUGAGUAGGAAUAAGGCGAAUGCGUCAAAGUGGAAUCCUAAACAUAAAUGUUUGAGUUGGACGGUUGAAUGGAUUACUGCAGAUGGCAAGAAGGUGACGAGGAACUGCGUGGAAUCGUGCACUCUAGCGGAAGCCUACGACCGCAUCUACCCACAGCCUAAGGAGAGAGCAGGCGAAAUUGUUCAAAACGCAAAGAAAGACGAGCAAACACUUGAAAGUACGGGAGAUCGAGAGAAGGAGUCAGAGCCCGCGUCCAGCGAAAAGCAAACACAAUCAGAAACCGUUGAACCUCCGUCGACAGCGCCAACUGGUCAACCAGCCACAGAGUCAACACUAGGCCAACCGUCCGGCUCAUCCGAAAGCAAGCACGAAAUAAUCCCCCAUCGUGGCGUCAGCUUCUAUCUUCAUCGUCCACGAACUGCUACCAAACAGCCAGUCCUCAUCCCUUUAUCCCCCAGCAUGACUUUUACCUCUGCUCUCCGAGACCGUGCGGUUCUGGAAUUUCCCACAAUCUACGCUCUUCCCCAGCCUCCAGAGGCAGUACGCGCUGAAAAAGAGAACCCAAGUUUCAUUCUGGAGGAAGAUUAUCUACGGACCCAAGGGCCAGAAACGGAUCUGAGCGAAGCCAUGUUGCAAGAAAUUUCUGAAGAUCAAAGCCACACUGGCGAUUUGGAUAUCGGGAAUAUUGACGAAAAGAAAGUACUUGAAGUGUUGAAGCAGGAUCUAUGGGAACCGGUCGCAGCUGAUGCGACAACACAAUAAUUAGACUCACACUUGCUUGGCUGGAAGAGCUUGGAGUUGGCUGGACACAUCGUGUAUAUACGUCCCUGAUAUAAUGUAUACUGUCAGCUAC